AAGGUAUAGUUUUUUUUAUCUUCGUUGCAGUAUAAAGUUGAAUAAUCCGGUACACGUACACUUGCGCUAAAGUUUUCAAAAAGAGCUUUUUUCAAAAUGCCUUUUUGUCGCCCUAAGCACAAUUAAAACUCCGCGUCCCCAUUACCACCCCCGCCUCUCUCGCAGUGAGCUGUCCCAGUCGCCACUGGUAUGUGACUCAAGCCACACGCCUUGAGCUCUAAGAACUGGGGUCACGCGCGACUCUCGGAGCGUCAUCUGCACAGGGAAAUUAAAACGGCGCCGCGCACAGCUACCUUUGCAGCUUUGAAGCAAAAGUCGUGGAGGCCAAGGAGUCGGAUUGGAAGGUGCUGAAUUCUAUCUUGCAGAAAGGGUUUGACAUGUCAGUAAGCCUGCUGUGAAUUUAUGCAAUGACCCAGAGGUGAUCAUGUUCCAAGAAAAUUAACAUCCUGGAGCAAGACAAUGGGAAAUUCAUAUGCAGGGCAACUGAAAUCUGCCCGUUUUGAGGAAGCUCUUCAUAAUUCCAUUGAGGCAUCUCUUCGCUCCAACAAUGAAGCUCCUCAGCCUGUCUUCUCUCAGCUUUACCUUAUCCAGAACCAACAGCCAAUUAAAUUAGAAGAUGUGACACCAAAGAUAGAGGACCUGGACAAAGAAGUCUCCCCACUUCAUCCACAAAGAGGUCUGCAGGAGGGAGUCAAUGGACAAGUCACAAAUGGAGUGGACCAUGAGGAAGAAGAGGAUGAAGAAGACCUGUCAGAAACCAGUAGUCCUCCAACUCCUUACAUGCAGAAACCAGCCCCUGAAGGCUCUUGCACUUUGGAUGGCUUCUGCCAAGCGGGAAAGGAUUUGCGACUAGUGUCUGUUAGCCUGGAGCAGAUUGAGGUUCCUGCAGGGUUUGAGUUGGUUGGUGCAAAGUCACCAAACAUCCCUGAGCACAUUCUAGUCUGUGCAGUAGACAAGAGGUUUUUGCCAGAUGGCAAUGGAAAAAAUGCACUUUUAGGAUUUUCAGGAAAUUGUAUAGGCUGUGGGGAGAAGGGAUUUCGUUACUUUACUGAGUUUUCCAACCACAUCAACCUUAAGCUGGCCACUCAACCAAAGAAGCAGAAGCACUUAAAGUAUUACCUUGUGAAAAAUUCACAGGGAGCUUUGUGUAAAGGUCCUCUCAUCUGCUGGAAAGAAUGCAAAACAAGACAGCUGGUUCCCAGUCAGCUGGCUGUCAAACCAAGUUCUUCUACAUCCCCUACUGUGAAUCCAGAUAGUGGACCAAGUAAUGAAUAUAGCACAACAUCUGCACAGACUGAUAACCCGUGCAGUCGAACACUGACAUCUUCUAUGGGCAGCCUAUUUGGUAGCCAGGACCACUCCAGGGACAAGAACCUGGUAAAGCCAAUUGCACUCUCCAUGCAGACAGUGUCUAAGAAUCUAGCAGCAGUUCCCCCUGAUGGCAUUGCUAAUGGGAGCACUGGAAAAAGUGUUAUUUUCAGCUCUCCGCAAUCCUUUCACUCUUCUGUGCAUACAACUUCUUUGUGUUCAGGUUACUUUGCUUCAGAGACAGCUGCCAUGCGCUCAGGACCACCUAAGAAAAGGCAUCGUAGCUGGUAUCCAGGAUCCCCAGUUCCUGUUCCUUUAACAGCAGUUCCUGUACCUGCUAUGCGGCCUGUGACUCGAACACCAGAUCCUAUUUUAUCAGUUUCCUCACCCCAGCCUGUAGCUUCCAGUGUUGUGCAUCCUCAAGCUGUCCCUGCAGGGGAAACAGUGAUUGUUCCAGAUAAUCUGCUAAAUAACUCAGGAAUCAGGCCAGUUAUUCUAAUUGGCUAUGGCACUUUACCAUAUUUUUAUGGCAAUGUGGGUGAUAUUGUGGUCAGUCCACUACUUGUAAAUUGCUAUAAGAGCCAGCAGCUGAAUGUAAAAGCUAUGGAGAAAUUAGGCAUUUCCAGCAAUCAUCUUCUCAGCGUGGAGACUAUGAUCUUGCUCACACUCCAGUAUUUGGUCUGUCUUGGUUCAGAACAGAUCCCAAUGCGGGAGGAGUUUGAACAGAUUGUUAUGAAAGUCAUUCAGGGCCAGCCUUUGAAGGAGCACUUGACUGGGCAGCUUGGCAGUACUACCUUCCCUUACCACUGCAUUUCUCCAGCACAGCUUCCUUGGCUAUCUCGGCUGGCUGCCAGUGUUUCCCGUGAUACUGUGCAUGUCCUUGUUACACACAAUUCCUUAGGAGAGGGUAUUUCAGAGACUCUUCGCACCCUUACUGAACUCCCACCUCAGCAGCGUCUACCUGAUUACGUUGUAGUCAUCUGUUCCUCCAAAGUUCGGGGCAAUGAGUUCUGUGUGCUAGUGCUUGGUCAAUAUCAGUCCCGGAUACUUGCAGAGAGCAUGCUUACAACUAGUGAAUUUCUUAAGGAAAUCAGUUACGAGUUGAUCACUGGAAAAGUUAGCAGCCUUGCUUCACACUUUAAAACUACAUCUUUAGGAGAUAAUUUAGAAAAGCAGCUUGACCGUUUUUUGCAGAGGAGAAGAGAUCAGGUUGUAGUGCCUUUUCGUGGAAGUGUUCAUGACUGUGUUCAGACCCAGGAGGCAGCUUCCAUGGUGCCUUCAUGGAAUGCAGACUUUACUGGGGAAGUAUUCCAGAUCUACUCGCCACAGCUCAACAUUGCUCGUAAGCUUUUGUCGCAGGUGUGUUCCAUUGCUGACUCUGGCAGCCACAGCCUGGAUCUUGGCCGUUUCUCUGGAGUGGAUUUCUUGAUCUUGGUACCACCUUCUGAGGUCCUUGUUCAUCAGACUGCACAGAGAGUCAGACAAUCAGGAGUUCUGGUGGACUUGGGCCUGGAGGAAAAUAUCACAAGUCAUCAAAAGCUGGAAAAAUACAUUGUGCGACUUGACAAUGAUGUGCAUGGAAAAUUUGAAGUUUUUAUAAGAAAAGUGAAGCAGAGUCCAUAUACACUGUUUGUUAUCAUUCAUGACAAUUCACAUGUUGAUCUCACCAGCCUGGUCUCUGGGUCAGCAUCUCAUGGAGAAUUUCAAGGCCUUGCAGACCGGGUGAUUAAUUGUAGGGAAGUCCUGGAUGCACAAAACCUGUUGGUCUUACAGGUCAGUUCCUUCCCUUUCACUCUGCAGACACAACAGUCCAGGAUCAGCAUUUCAAAUGAGAUCCACUGGCCUCAACACCAUUGCAAUGAGGAAUCAAGCAUAGAGGAAUUGGUAUAUUUCAGUCUAAAUGAAUAUAGCAGAUCUUUGAAUUGGGGAGUGUCCAGUCCACUUCUGAGAUGCGAUGAUGCCUUUGAAAAAAUGGUAAACACACUUUUAGAAAAGUACCCAAGACUGCAUAGUAUGGUGAUUCAUAGUUACCUCCUCAUCCAGCAGUAUACAGAGGCUAUGAUGGCACUGACUUUUAUGACGUCUCUUCGAGAUCACACUACUCCUGAGACACUGAGCAUUGUGGAUGACCUCAUCAGUUUACCUGGAAAAAACCAGAAUGGCCUUGGUCACAUGCUUCUUAUUCGAGUGCCCUCAUUGCAACUGGCAAUGCUGGCUAGAGAAAGGCUGGAAGAGGUCCGCAACAAACUGGGGCUCCAAUAUCGAUUUGAGAUCAUCCUUGGCAACCCCACAUCCGAGCUCAACAUUGCCAAGCACUUUGUAGCCAGACUUAGGGCAUGGAGAGGCUUUGAAAAUGAAGACUGGGUCCCUCGCACCUAUGAGGAUCUUGAUGGUCUGCCUUGUAUUUUGAUCCUUACUGGAAAGGAUCCCCUUGGAGAAACCUUUCCCAGGUCCCUGAAGUACUGUGAUCUUAGGCUGAUUGACUCAAGCUACGUAACACGUACAGCUCUGGAGCAGGAAAUUGGCCUAGCAUGUACAUAUGUUUCACAGGUGGCAAUCCAGGAUCCUUUAGGAGCUGUAAACCUGCCAGAGAAGCAGCGAGAUGAAAGGGACCAUGAUUGUGAUGACCUUAAUAUUGACCUUGAGAGACCACAAAGCAAUGGAAGUGCUGUGACUGGCACUUCAGGUUCUGUAGCAGAGAAUGGGGUUAGUUCUUCGGCAGAUACAUCCCAGAAACCCUCCUCUUCUCAGAGUUUCCAAAACCCAGCCAGCAAUCUGACUGAGGAAAGCCACUCCCCAGAGAGCGUGAAACAGGAGUGUGACUCCCAGAGGAAUCCGGCCAACAGCAGUAUUAAUGCAGUCCCACAACUUUCCUCCUCUGCUGCAUCCACCUCAUCUUCUGCCUCACACAGCUCUUGGCAGCCUAGUCAGUCCUCGAAAGAAAAGCGGAAAUGUCCUACUAUUCAUCCUCGUAUUGUUAUUCUUUCUCGGUCUGCAUACAACUUGUUAAGCAGCAAGAAGAAUGGUCAACUUCACUCAACCGCCCUGCUACCACAUGCAGAUGUCUGUUGGAUCAGCUCUCUGAGAUCACUCCUCUACAAAGACCAAAGCACUGAACAGCAAUCAGUCUAUUACCGCCAAUGGACUGCAGCUCGGCAGCAUCAUGCUGAUUUCAGCAAUCAAGAUGUGAAUGAGUCAGCAGUCUUCCAUCCACGUCGACUGCUAUUAACAGGACCUCCACAGGUGGGAAAGACAGGGGCCUAUCUGCAGUUUUUACGGAUUCUUUUUCGUAUGUUGAUUCGACUAUUGGAGGUGGACAUAUACGAUGAGGUGGAAAUCAAUAUGGAAUUUAGUGAUGACCCUGAGGUGAUUCAUCCAUCAGACAAUCAAUGGCCAGAUAUUGAAAUAAUCACGAAGAUGCCCUUUGACAUGCACCCUCACGAUGCUCAGUUUCGUGAUACCAGUCCUAUAUACACAGAAAAGCUGUCCAAUACUUCUGAAGUUAACAAGGAGAAAAAAAAACAAGAUGCUCCUGUGAAGAGGGAAACUGUAUCCAUAAUGUUGACAAAAUAUGCUGCUUACAGUAGUUUUCACCACUGUGAGCAAUGUCAGAAUUAUUCAGAAGUCAGUCAAGGUGCAGAGGUUGGUGAUUCAACAAUUCACUCAUUCACGUUUUCAUCCUCUAUGCUGGGGGAAGAGGUGCAGCUUCACUUUAUCAUCCCCAACUCCAAGGAGCAUCACUUUGUUUUCAGCCAACAAGGGAGACAUCUUGAAAGUCUGAGGCUACCUUUAGUUUCGGAUAAGAACUCAAAUAUUUUGAAGAGCCCAAUUUUUACACCAACCACAGGUCGUCAUGAGCAUGGUCUGCUGAACAUCUACCAUGCUAUGGAAGGUGCAGAGCACUUGCACAUCUUGGUGGUAAAGGAGUAUGAAAUGCCUUUGUAUCGAAAGUAUUGGCCCAACCACAUCUUGUUAGUGUUGCCUGGGGUUUUCAACAAUGCUGGUGUGGGAGCAGCUAAGUUCAUGAUCAAAGAGCUUUCAUACCACAACCUGGAACUUGAGCGAAACCGCCUUGAAGAUUUAGGUGUUAGAAGGACAGAUGUUUGGCCAUUUAUUGUUAUUAUGGACGACUCCUGUGUAUUGUGGAAUGCUCAUGGCAUUCAAGAUCAGAGCAGGGAAGCCCCUGGUUUCAGGAAUGUUUCUCUUAAGGCAGUCAUGCAGCACAUGGAGCUCACACCUAACAUUACCCUAGCCAUGCUUGGUAUCCACAAGUGGAAUCGCCACCUUGCAGCCAGACAACCUUGUAACCCUUUCUCCUGUUGCCACAUUCAUAACUUUGUGCUACUCAAUGUGGAUCUCACCCAGAAUGUGCAGUAUGACUUGAACAGGUAUUUCUGUGAGGAGAUAGACUUUAAUCUGAGGAUUAACAGCAGCAGCCUACCAAUCUGUCGCUUCAACAACUUCAGUUUCAUGAAGAAACACAUCCCUUUUGGAGGACGGAAGGAUCUCGUUGUUAAACCAAAAAUGAUGGUAAGGAAUUUGUCUCUGGGUCCCAUCAGUCCAUUACAGUAUGUGUGCGCCCCAGACAGUGAGCAGAUGCUCUUGGCGGCCCCUGCUCAGUUUCUGCUGGAGAAGUUUUUGGAGCACACAGCUACAAGUUGUUUCCUAAGGCCACCUGCAAUGGACAGGAAUCCAGUGUUGGCCAUCGACUGCUAUCUGAAUAUUGGCACAGAGGAAGAAGUGACUGUCUUCUACAUGAGCUCCCGGCCUCAUUCAGUCAACCUGAACCAUGAAGGACUGGUGUUCAGCGGGCUGCUGCUUUACCUCUGUGACUCCUUUGUGGCAGCGGACUUUCUGAAGAAAUUAAAAUUCCUCAAAGGUGCCACACUGUGUGUUAUCUGCCAGGACAGAAGUUCGUUACGGCAGACUAUUGUACGUCUUGAGCUGGAGGAUGAAUGGCAGUUUAGAUUGCGGGAUGAAUUCCAAACAGCCAACAGCAGUGAUGACAGACCUUUGUACUUUCUCAGCUGGACGUCACAUCUGACACACACUAUGAAAACAGAGUAUAUUUUUAUUUUUAUUUUUUUAUUCUUAUGCCCGUAAAGGCUAAUCAUGAGAAGUUGAAAUUUCAUUUGGCCUUUUGCUACAUUACAAUCAUACCCAAAGAAAACUGCUAAAUCCAAGUAGUCAUUGGACCUGUAUGAAAAUGCGUUGGGGAAUUUUCUGUACUUGCACCUCGGAUUUUGGACAGCCAUUUUUGGCACAGGACUCCUCUCUGAAUCUGCAUCUGCACUAACAUGGAUUGGCCAGUAGCUGCAAAAAAAAAUACUAGAAAACGACCACUGUUGACUUUUUUCAUGAAGGUGUGCAUUUCCUGCAGUUUGCUUUCACUGGCACACCAUCACCAAAUGCAAAAUGCAGCUUAGAGAAGCUGUUCCUCAAUCAGUGUGGAUUUUUUUUUACUAUUUGUAAUGCCAAUGAUUUGUAAAUGUUUGUGUGUGUUUUUUUAUUGUAAAUUGAGGGUUGACCAAUCCUCGGCUUAUGCUGUACACAAGGUACAGACUUCUCAGGAAAAUGAACAAAUACGAUGGAAGUUUAAAGCAUAAUUUACAAAAAAAAAUCAAAAUGAUACACAAAAAGAAGUUCCUUAACCACCUUGUGGUACUGUUUAAUAUUUUUAAGGAAUGGAUUAGUUUUAAAACAGGGACAAGUGUACUAUGCAGGCGUCUGCACACACUGCCUUUUGGGCAUCACCUUUGCACCCAGUUCCUUUUAAAACACCUCCAAUACCUUUCUCCUCAUCAUAUUUAAGACUGGGAUUUUAAUUAGCUGUUGGUAGCAACUCCAGUCAUGGGCUAACCAGAUAUACAAAAUAAUUUCUAAACAUGGUGUUAAAAUCUUGAAUGUCAGUAUGUUGUUACAGGGUACAACUACACACUUUACUAUAGCUGUUGCUUCCCAGUCUUUAGAAUCCAGGUGGGAAAACAGUGGACUAAUGAACAACACCUUUAUGGUAAUAGCUCUGUUUGUGUGCCUUGUAGUGUCAUCUUCAUGAUUCAUGCUCAGAUAUUACAACUGCUAUGAAGAAAAUGGGAUGCCUGGUGGAGCUACUUAAAGUAAAAGAAAAAAAACCAUAGGACAACACAUUUGACGAUGAAGGUUGGAGUGCCAUUUUUUUCUCUUUUUUGAAUUUAAAGGAUUUUGUCUUUUACAGUGUUGUUUGUAUGUAUCAUUCGGGGGUACUAUGUGUAUUCAGAGUCACAUAUUUGAGCACUUUGUUUGUGGCUAUUAUGAUGCAGAGCUCAUUGAUAAUGUUAGUUCCACAAGUGCAGCCAGCCUUUCUGCCUUUCAUAUUGCUGACCUUCAGGUUGUGAUGUUUUUUUUAAUUUUUAAAUUAAACUCUAAUAGGAAUUUGUCAUUUUCCUGCUUUCAGUUUAGCACUCCUAGUUCUUUGAAAAGAACUUGGUCAGUUAUUUUGUGCUAUAUCAUUAAAAGUUACCUUUUUCUUUCAGUGGCAUCAGUGCUACAUAAGAGUUGAAAGGCUGCGUAUGCGGUUGGAUGCUUAAUCAGUUUGGUUCCCUAAAAACAGCAAUUACACGGCAAAAAUCAGCUUUGGCCAGAAGAACAAAAUCUCUUUAUUUAAGAGAUGUAAACUACUGGUCUAAUUAUAAGAGAAGUGCUUAAUGGGCUUUUGAUGUUGGAUGAGUAUGGUUGGACCUGUGUGUUAUUCAAUGCACAAAUUUGGAAUCUGUAUCUGUGACCUUUUUUCAACCUUGAUUUCCUCCCAUGGACUUUCUCCUUCAUUACAAUAUUAUUAUUUAGAGUCCAGACUUUCAAGUAUGAAUGUUGAGUCUUUUUCUAUUAUCCAUCCAUCCAUUAUCCAA